GGGGAACAUGGCGGCGGCGGAGCCCUCGGUGGCCGCGCUGGCUGGCGGCGGGGUGGGCGCGGGGCCGCCGCCGCCGUCGGGCGGCGUGCCGGUGCUCUUCUGCUUCUCGGUGUUCGCGCGGCCCGCCUCGGUGCCCCACGGCGCCGGCUACGACGUGCUCAUCCAGAAGUUCCUGAGCCUGUAUGGCGACCAGCUCGACAUGCACCGCAAAUUCGUGGUGCAGCUCUUCGCCGAGGAGUGGGGCCAGUACGUGGACCUGCCCAAGGGCUUCGCGGUGAGCGAGCGCUGCAAGCUGCGCCUGGUGCCGCUGCAGAUCCAGCUUACGACCCUGGGAAAUCUCACACCUCCGAGCACUGUGUUUUUCUGCUGUGACAUGCAGGAGAGGUUCCGACCAGCCAUCAAGUACUUUGGAGACAUUAUUAGUGUGGGACAGAGACUGUUGCAAGGAGCUCGGAUAUUAGGAAUUCCGGUUAUCAUAACAGAACAGUACCCCAAAGGCCUUGGCAGCACGGUGCAAGAAAUCGACCUAACAGGUGUGAAACUGGUUCUUCCGAAGACCAAGUUCUCUAUGGUGUUACCUGAAGUUGAAGCAGCCUUAGCCGAGAUUCCUGGUGUCCGGAGUGUUGUAUUAUUUGGAGUAGAAACACACGUAUGUAUCCAGCAAACUGCCCUGGAGCUGGUUGGCCGAGGCAUUGAAGUUCACAUCGUUGCGGAUGCCACCUCCUCAAGAAGCAUGAUGGACAGGAUGUUUGCUCUUGAGCGCCUUGCUCGAACUGGGAUCAUCGUAACCACCAGCGAGGCUGUUCUGCUACAGCUGGUGGCUGACAAAGACCAUCCGAAAUUCAAGGAAAUUCAGAACCUGAUUAAGGCGAGUGCCCCAGAGUCUGGUCUGCUCUCCAAAGUAUAGAAUACUUGAAGGAUUGGGAUCCUCGACGACGGGACCGCAAGCCAGACAAGCUCUUGUCUCUACUAAAACUAAAAUGUUAAGUCAAUAGCAGCUCCUUCUUUGCAGCUCUUAGUAACUCUUACCUGGCUAGACCAUUGGGUACAAGCAUUUAGUUACGAUGUCAAGGCUUCAGGUGCUGCUUAUCUUCUUUGUCUCUUAAUGGGCUUUUAUUUAUUAAGACAAAUUACAAUGGAGGUGCCUGUUUUGUCUACACCAUAUACGCCAACCGUAUCUUUCCAAAGUGCACCCUCUGGUGAAGUUUUCUUAAAUUGUGCACUUUACAGAAAAAAAAAAAAAAUCAAAAAAACAUCUACCAUAAUGAUUUGAGUUUUCUAUUGUCGUGAAACAUCCGUUGUAAUGUCAGUGUAGACCCAGUGUUUUCCCUUCACAGGCUGACUGGUGAACGAUUGCUGGGUGGGAAUUGACACACAGGGCUCUGUAUUGUCACCUGCUUCUGUCACAGUGUGGAAUUGCUGACUGAGUGAGGUACGUUUUUUUAACCAGAGCAAAUUACCUUAUAUAUUGUUGUAUCUGUCUCGAUUGUCCUGCUUUGCUUAUUCCUGGUACCAUCUUUGUGGAUUUUCUUCCUCUGGCUAGUGGUCAGCGCUCGUGUUUUUCCACUGAAUGUUUUACAUCCUCGUUGUUUUAAUUUUGUCAAAAGAUGGGAGUGAUUUGCUGUGCUGGGUGACUGACAGUGUUACCCUAACAUAAUGCCUUUACAGUCUUUUGGAGUGAAUCUUUUGGUAUACACAAGUGUUAGUGGAGAAGUAAACACUGUAAAAUGUAGUUUUAAAAUGCCCAUAUUGCCCUUUGCAUUUUCUCUCUCUGCUGUUCAAACAUUGUUAUUGCUGACGUCAUCAACAGUGACUCGGUAGGGGUAAUACUGUGGUCAUUGUCAACCCAUCCAUGAGUUUAUUUUUCAUUUAAUACUUAUUAGUGCUUAAAAAUCUUUUUAAAGAGUGUUGUGAUUUGUGGAACAUUACUCUCUUUGUAUUAAAUUAAAGGAAAUGUAUUACCUGGGUGAAAUUGUUUUUUUUUCCCCCCCAUGGCUCCAUGAGUACUAGUUAAGGAAUUCUAAUGACUUUUCAUAGGUAACAGAUUUAAUAUUUAUAAUCUUAAAAGUCAUGGGAACUUUCAAAGGAGGAGAAUCCUUUGCAGUCUCAGACUGAUGGAGUUGUUACAGGGCCUCCUUGUUGGAGCUAUAGAAAUGCGUUUUGUUCUUUGAGCCUUGGUAAGACACCGCAGCCUAGUGUUCUUGGUGUGCUCAGAUGUUUGCUUUAGAAUAAUGGCUCUCAGCGUGUGGGUUGCCACCCCUUUGGGGGUCAAAUGAGCCUUUCACAGGGUUCACUUAUCAGAUAUCUUGCAUAUCAGAUAUUUACAUUAUGAUUCAUAACAGUAACAAAAUUACAGUUAUGAAAUAGCAACAAAAGUAAUUUUAUGGUUGAGGGUCACCCCAACAUGAGGACCCAAAGGGUUGCAGCCUUAAGAAGGUUGAGAACCACUGCUCUAGAAAAUGAGUCCACAAAGAAGCAUCAUAUAGUUAUCUACAUUUUACAGUAAUUUCUAAUAAAUGUAAUCUAGUGCAUUUCAUACUUUUAUUAUCCGGAGAGAGCUUGUUAAAAUACUGAUUCUAGCUUUUUUUUUUUUUCAUUUAAAUAAAAAAAAAGGCAUUGCCACCAGUGACACAAGGAUUUAAUUUAGAAUGGUUUCCUUCCCUUGGACACACACACCUCUUCCAUCUCAGUGAAACACCAUGCCAGUGAACCCGUCUCACGGCUGAAGCCAACCAUGUGACCCUGGAUUAGUGUCCUGAGGCUGCCCUAACAAAAUGCCACAGUCCCCAUGUCUGAAAACAACAGACUGUUUUCUUCUCAAUUCUGGAAGGUCUGAGGCUCACUGUGCUGAGAUCAAAGCUUGCAUUGCAAAGCUGUGAUCUUUUCUGGAGCCCAAAAAAGGCGGUGAUCCAUAUCUAACAGCUCCAUGCUUUCUAGAACCCACUCAUGACUUUUUGGUUUUGUUUUUAGGCUUUUUUGUUUUGUUUUGUUUUAUUUGUUUGUUUUGUCCCAUUACUGCCAUCUUCUCAGUCCUUAGGUCCUGUCUGACUUUUCUUCCUUCUUCUGCCUGGCCUAAGAUCUCAUGUGAUUUAAGGUCUCUAACUAGCAACCUUAUUCCACCUGCAGCCUUAACACCCUUUGGCCAUGUAGCAAGGUUCCAGGCUCCAGGGAUAAAGACAUGGGUAUCCUCAAAGACUGUUCUCAUCACACAGAUAUCAGCUAGGAAAUGUGAAUUUAAUUAAUUGAAUUGUAUCAGGUCCAGGAUUGGAAAUACAUGGAGACUCAGAUUAAUUGUGAACUCUGCCUUUUCUGUUUUGUGAAUCAUGCCAAGGUGGCAAGGCUUUUACAUUUAUGAUUAUAGGAAAACUGAACUGAUUGUAAUACAUUAACUUUUGGAAUGGAAGUGUCCAUGACUCUGUAGGAUGCUGAAUCCUUUUCAUUGACAUAAAUAAAGAACUUAAGGAUGUAAGUAA